AUGCGUGCUUUACACUGUGCGCUCCUCAGUUUAGCGGUCGCGACGCUCGCUCAGGCCACCGAUUUUCUCGGAGGGUGGCACGGAGGACACCACCACCACCAUCAUGAAAUUGUCAAGGUCGUGAACAAGGUAGUACCGGUUCCGCACCCGGUUCCCGUGCCCAAACCCUACCCAGUGCACAAGAUCAUACCUGUGCCGCACACGGUGCAUGUUCCGCAUCCAGUCCCUGUGCCCAAACCCUACACGGUGGUGAAGAAGAUACCGAAAAUCGUUCACGUGCCGAAGGUUUAUCCCGUGCACAAGCCCUACCCCGUACCGCACCAUGUUCCCGUUCCGGUUCAUGUCCCAGUGUACAAAGAUGCGCCUUAUCCGGUGUACAAACACGUGCCUGUGCCUGUUUUGAAGCAUGUCCCGGUGCACGUCAAGGUGCCCAAAUACGUGCCGGUACCAGUUCACAAAGUUAUCCCAGUGCCACAGCCAGUCACCGUUCCUGUCAAGGUCCCAGUGUUCAGAGAAAUCAUCGUGAAGAAACCCGUUGAGGUCCCGGUACCUGUCUACAUCAAGAAGCACCACCAUCACGACUUCCACGGCCAUCAUGGAUUCCACGGUUUCAAGGCAUAAGGGUUUCGACACCCUGCCCCAGCAAUUCAGGAGGCUAAACUGAUAUUGGGCUUCAGGGAAACUCUUGUAGACUUUGGAAUUCGUCCGGAAGAGACCUGAU